AUGCAUAUUUUGCUUGUCUUCGAUAGUGUAAUUAGUAUGACCUCCACAAGACAUGAAGGCACAGGCAGUGCUAUCUGUCAUCCUCACCCUUGCACCACCUCUAAGUGGAUUUCACGAAGAUUAAGCCUUCCGGAUGAAGGAAUUUACAUAUGCUAUGUGGGAACAGCAUCUAGAAACAUCAUAAACAAAGCGGUACUAAAGGUGGGAGCUUUCAUCACACCUGUGAUAAAGUAUGAAAAGAGGAACAGAGAUAGCUUCUUAAUAUGCAGUGUGUGAAGUGUUUAUCUUCAUCCACUUAUCACAUGGAAAAUGGACAAUACACCCACCUCUGAAAGCAAUAUGGAAGAAACUGAGUCUUUGGGUUUUUAUAUAAAUAGUAUGAUAAAUAUUACAGGAUCAAAUUUAUCUUAUGAAUGUGCUACUGAAAACUCAUUGCCGAAACAAACAUGGACUGGAUUGACAAUGAAAGAUGACCUUCAUAAAAUGCAGGGUGAAAAUGUUGCACUCUCAUGUAAACUUGUGAACACCACCCAGGCGCCCCUGAACCAAGAUUUCAUAGUCACUUGGUCCAAAGUGGAAAAGGAGAUCUCCUCCAUCCUGGCUCACUUUCUGAGCUCCUCACAAGAUAACAACUAUCAUGAACCCUGACUUUCAUGGAACAAAGACCUAAAAAAACAAAGUGACUUCUCUUUGACUUUGAAGGAUCUUUGUCUUUCAGACAGUGAGGAAUACUUAGGCAAUAUUUCUUCAAGCAAAUAUAGCUUACUCACCAUCCAAAUGCUGCAUGUUGUAGGAGAUGCUGCAACAUUUGAAAAGGAAGCCCAGAUUUGGGGGCAGAGGGGUUAUGGAUAUACUCCAUAA